UAUAUAGAGAAAGCGUAAGCUUUUCUUGUUCCUCACCACUACUCAACCAAAUUAAUAUACAUUUGUGUCUGUAUAUUUCUGCUUUUAAGUUAAAAUGGUCUCAAAGACUCUUCUUCUCCUCGUUCUUACCUUUGCUAUUGUUCUUCUCAUUUCCGCCUCUGAGGUCGCGGCCGAAACUGUUCAAGCUUUGAGAGGAGGUGGAUAUGGUAGAGGCGGAUAUGGCAAAGAUGGCAAAGGCGACAAUGGCAACAAUGAUGAUAUUGGUGAAAAAGGCGGCAAAGCUGGAUAUGGUAGGGGCGGCAAAGGAAAGGGAAAAGGAAAGGGAAAAGGAAAGCCCGGUCACGGUGGUCACCCAGAUAUUGAAAAUGAAAACUAGAUGCAAUUAAAGCUAUGUAUUAAUGUACCAUUAAAUUUUUAUUUAGGGGUACUACAUCUAGCUAUGUUGUAGUUUGCAUGUAUUACGUUGAUAUAAAAAGUUCUUAAAACAUGUAAAUUGUUAUCUUACUCUACUAUAGUUAA